UUGCUCCUGUGCUGCAUGAUAUUGAUUUUACCAAAGUUUGAACUGGUCAUUGAUCCGCCCAGGUACAUCCGAGAUCUGAACAGCUGUGAGGAAGGACGUGUCCGUGCCAGAUACACGUUUGGGAAACCAGUGUUGGGGAGGCUCACGGUGAACAUGACAGUAAAUGGAGUGGGUUACUAUCGCCAUGAGCUGGGACACCCUGUGGUGAAGACAAUGGAGGUUGAUGGGUCAUCCACCUUUCUGAUUUGUGCGAAGGAGAUGAUGCCAGUUGAUGUUCCGGAUCAUUUCCGAGGUUCGGUGAGCAUUUGGGCCUCAGUGGUGACUGUGGACGGCAGUAAACAGACCACCUUUGAUGACUCAACCCCAGUUCAUAAGCAGCUCAUCGAUAUCAAGUACUCAAAGGACACUCGCAAACAGUUCAAGCCGGGUCUUCCCUAUAAAGCCAAGGUGGAGGUGACCUAUCCAGACGGAAGUCCUGCAAAUGGUAUAACUGUGCGCAUCAAAGCUGAGCUCACUCCGAAGGAUAACGUGUACACGAGUGAGCUGGUGUCAGAGAACAGCCGGGUAGAGUUUGAGAUCCCGUCCAUUCCGACUGCUGCCCAGUACGUCUGGCUUGAGACGAAGGUGACGGCUAUUAAUGGGACACCAGCUGGAGACCAGUACCUUCCCAGUUAUCUCUCCAUUAGCAGCUGGUACUCACCGAGCAAGUGCCAUAUUCAGCUGCAGGGGCCUGACACACCUCUCCAGGUCGGGGAGGAAGCUGAAAUUCCCCUGAAAUCCACCUGCUCCUGUGACUUCACAUUGCACUAUGAGUUUGCAUCACGGGGGAGCAUUGUGAAAACAGGAAGGCAACCAGCGAGUGUCACUCAGCAACGGAGCAAGAGAGCUACAGUCACCUUCGACAAGAAGAAACAAUCUGCACAGAGCUAUCAGUCCAAGUCUUCAGCCAGUGAGGUGGAUAUAUGCAGCACGUCCCUACGGUUCACUGUCACACACAGCAUGUUGCCGCUCACUCGGCUGCUUGUCUAUUAUGUCCGGGAGAAUGGCGAGGGCAUCACUGACAGUAUCCAAAUCCCAAUCCAACCAACCUAUCAGAAUAAGGUAUCGAUCUCACUUUCUGCCAACAAGACAGUUCCUGGUGACCUUGUCAGGGUUGCAGUGAAAGGGGAGCCACGGUCCUGUGUUUGUGUUGCGACUGUGGACAAGAGUGUGUAUUUAUUAAAACCGGGCUUCCAGCUCACCACUGACAAGGUAUCAAACUUUGUUCCUCUUUGACGGACAUUUCAGAACAGAGCUCUCUGUAACAUAACAACUGAAGGCCAUUCAGUUCAGUACAGCACAGGAACAGGCGCUUUGGGCAACCACCCCGUGGCUCAACACUUCAACUCCC